AUUAGUAACGUGGUCUCUGGUUAUCCUUCUGUGAGGCACAAUGUAAGCCCGGUGGUCCCUGCAAGAUUCAUCAGCAUGCAUCUAGAAUGGAUUUCUAAUCUGCUCUCCAUUCUUCUGCAUUCUGGUAAACCUUCACCGCAAUACGCCGGGCCAUGGAAAUAAGUCUCCAGGUCUGGAGAAUUUAUAAGCUAUAUUCAAUUCAAGCUAUUCUGGAAAAUAGUAUAAAGCCGACUUGAGAAACCUAUCUCGGACCUGAAAAUCAGAUCUCUCACCCCAUCAAUAGUAUCAAGCACAGCUCUUACAUCAUUGAAGAAAAGUAGGAAACAUGGCACCGUUCGGCACCUUGAAUACUGUCAAACUUCCCAACUUCGUGCAUCCGAGGUCAUUUAAGAUUUUCGCAGCCGCGAAACUCAAUAACCUCGACUUCGAUAUCCCGCCCAUCAAGUUCGGUGUUACCAACAAAUCUCCCGCCUUCCUAGCCAAGUUUCCCCUAGGCCAGAUCCCAACCUUUGAGUCUCCCUCUACCCCCGACCAAGACGGCGAACCCUUCACCCUAACCGAAUCCAACGCCAUCGCCUUCUAUAUCGCCUCCUCCGGCGCUAAAGCCGGCCAACUUCUGGGCACCAACCCAGAAGCCCGUGCAGAAAUCCAGAAAUGGAUCUUCUUCAACGAACUACAAUUCGCGCCCCCGGUGUCAAAAGUCACGAUGUGGCGGGCGGGGAUGACGCAGUUUAAUAAGGAGGACGAGCAGACUGGAAAGGUGGACACGGAGAAAAUUAUGCUGGUCCUAGAGGGGAGUUUGAAGGGCCGGAAGUGGUUGGUUAAAGGGGAGGAAGGGCCGACGUUGGCGGAUAUUACGAUUUCGACCACUUUGUAUUUGGGGUUUCAGUAUUAUUUUGAUAAGGAAAUGAGGAAGAGGUUUCCAGAGAUUGUGAGGUGGUACGAACAACUUAAGGAGGUACCUGAGUUGCGGGAGUUGUAUGAUACGCCGAUGGUUGAGAAGAAGGAGGAGGCGCCAGAGUGAGGGUGUAUGAGACUACCUAGUGCAUUUGGUUGGUGAUAGAGAAUAUACAUCAUCAGCUUGAAUGUUAUGGCGGGAAAUCGUAAAUGUUUUGAGUAGGUGCAUACUCAGGUUAGGAAUUUUUGACGACUCGCGUGUUACUUCUAAGUAUACAUCUAUAAGCUGCUGCGUAUUGUGGGACUCGCUUUGUACAACGAGUUGAGCGACAAAAGAAAAGAAC